UGCUCCUCCGAUCUCUGCACCUCAUCGCCCUCCAGCCGGACCCUGCUUCCCCAAUCCGUCUCCUCCGAUCUCACCCGCCCCACCGCCCAGCCAUGUCGAACUCCAAGCAGCGCCUGAUGCAGGGCAUGCACCAGGACCUGAGCUGCCCCAGCUGCCUGAAGCUGUUCAAGGCCCCCGUGACGGCUGAGUGCGGCCACACCUUCUGCCUGGAGUGCCUGUCCCAGGCCUUGGCCUGCCCCACCUGCCAGGCCCCCACCAAGGUGGAGCAGCUGCACAUCAACCAGCAGAUGGAGCACCUGGUGCAGUGCUUCCGGCAGGUGCCCCACGACCACUGCGAGGAGCACAUGGACCCCCUGAGCGUCUACUGCGAGCAGGACCAGCAGGUCAUCUGCGGGGUGUGCGCCUCGCUGGGCAAGCACAAGGGCCACAACAUCAUCACGGCCGCCGAGGCCCACCAGAGGAUGAAGAAACAACUUCCCCAGCAACAAAUUCAACUGCAGGAGGCACAAGUGCGUAAGGAGAAAAUGAUCACUAUGCUGAACAGACAGAUAGCGGAGGUGGAGGAUACGGUGGUGCGAUUCAAGCAGCAGGUGUCGGAGCAGCUGGGGGUGAUGCGCGCCUUCCUGGAGGUGCUGGAGGCCUCGCUGGGCCGGGAGGCAGAGCGGGUGCAGCAACAGGCCACGGCCGUGCUGCGGGAUGAGCACAAGACCAUGGGCCACUACCUAGACCAGCUCAAGCAGAUGGAGGCCGUGCUGGGUGAGGUGCAGGAGGAGAGCCAGACCGAGUUCCUGAGGAAAUACUGCCUGGUGGCCAGCAGGCUACAGAAGAUCCUGGGAGAGUCCCCGCCGGUCGCCCGGAUGGACGUCCAGCUGCCAAUCAUCACAGAUGACUUCAAGUUCCAAGUGUGGAGGAAGAUGUUCCGCGCACUGAUGCCAGCUCUGGAGAACCUGACCUUUGACCCGGACACGGCCCACCCCAACCUGGUGGUGUCGGAGGACGGCAAGCGGGUGGAGUGCGUAGAGCACAAGCAGCCGGUGAGCUCGGACGACCCGGGCCGCUUCGACAAGUCCAACUGCGUGGUGAGCCGCCAGAGCUUCUCCAGCGGCGAGCACUACUGGGAGGUGACGGUGGGCGACAAGCCGCGCUGGGCGCUGGGCGUUAUCUCGGCCGAGGCGGGGCGAAAGGGUCGGCUCCAGGCCCUGCCCUCCAACGGCUUCUGGCUGGUGGGCUGCAAGGAAGGCAAGAACUACGAGGCCCAUGUGGAGCACAAGGAGCCGCGGCUGCUGCGGGUAGAGACCAAGCCCAGCCGGAUCGGGCUGUAUCUCAGCUUCGAGGACGGGUUGCUGGGGUUCUACGACGCCAGCGAUGAGGACAACCUGGUGCAGCUCUUUGCCUUCCACUCGCGCGUCACCACCACCGUCUACCCCUUCUUCGACGUCUGCUGGCACGACAAGGGCAAGAACAGCCAGCCACUGGUCAUCUACACGCCGGAGCCGGAGGCCUCCUAAUGGUGCCCUGCAGAGCCAGAGGUGCGGUAGCCCAACCUCGCCCCACGGAGCUGUGAGUGCUAUAACCAUGUUGCCAAAGACGCUGUAGACUCGCUCAGCCAUGCUCUAUGCUGCCAGAUGUGCCCCAGCCAUGCCCAACCUUGACCCAAGAUGCCAGAGUGGAAGGUGCCACAACCACGCCCAACGAUACCCUACGUCACCAGAAGAGCCAUGACCAUGCCCAGCCGGCCCUACGUCACCAGCUGUCCCAUAACCUCACCCCACAUCCUCACGGCCAUACCCAACCAUGCCACAUCGCCAAGUGAGCCACAGGCACUCCCAACCACGUCACCUGGGCUGGCGGUGCUGAAACCACGCCAAGCCACACCCCACAUCCCCAGAGAAGCCGUGCCCUGCCAUGCCUCGCUAUGCCUGACAUCACAAGACCAGGAGGUGCCUCAACCAUGGCCAACGUCGCUGGAAGUUCCAUAACUAUGUUGUCAGAUGCUCUGUAACCACAGCUAACCACAUCCUACAUCGCCAGAAGCUCCGUAACGAUGCCUUGUCAUGCUACCAUCAACAGAAGUGCCAUUAUCAUGGCCCUCCAUCACCAGAGGUUCAUGCCCCCAUUACCAAAGGCAUCUCAAUCAUGCCCAAGCAUGUGUCCAUUACCAGAGACUCCCCGGCCAUGCACACAUAGCGGGAAGUACCACAGCCACACCCCAUGCCAUCACUGCUCCUCCACACAUUCGGAUCCCGUGUGGCCCAGCUCCAAGCUCCCUGGGAUGGGCAGUGACCCGACGUGGUUCCAAGCCUCCGGGAUCUGUACAGCCACUGCUGGGAUCUGAGCAUGUUCGCAUCCACCCAGAUACGGUCUCCAAUAAAACAUGGUCAUGUCCACUCUG